AUGCAUUCCCUCACUCGCGCUCUCGCAACUCUCGUUCUCCUCGGAGCUGCCUAUAGUGCAAGCACAUUGGACUCAUGCCCUGGAUACACAGCAACCAAUGUACAAACCUUGGGUCCUACUCUAACAGCAGACCUUGUUCUAGCCGGGCCUGCAUGCAACGUAUAUGGCCCAGAUAUUGAGCGCCUGCUCCUCCAGGUGACAUACGAAACUGCAUCUCGUAUCCAUCUUAAGAUCACAGAUCCAUCUGCCGUCCGCUACGAAGUACCUGAAUCCGUCUUCCCUCGGCCUACUGCCAAUGCGUCCACAACCUCAUCCGCCGCUCAGAUCGCCUUCAACUAUACCGCCUCCCCCUUUUCUUUCUCCAUCCUCCGCACGUCUACAAAUGAGGUUCUCUUCAGUUCUGUGUCGUAUCCGCUCGUCUACGAACCGCAGUUCCUGCAUCUUGCCACCGCCCUGCCGACAGACGCAAACAUUUACGGGCUCGGAGAGAGCACAGAGAAUUUCCGCCUCCCGACAGAAAAUCUCACGCGCACGCUCUGGUCGCGCGACGCGUAUGGCGUCCCGAAUGGCACUAACCUCUAUGGGAACCACCCCGUGUAUGUCGAGCACCGUACGACGGGCACGCACGGCGUGUUCCUGCUCAGCUCGAAUGGCAUGGAUAUCAAGAUCAAUACGUCGGAUACGGGGACACACCUCGAGUACGAUGUUAUCGGUGGCGUGCUCGAUUUCUACUUCUUGGCUGGCAGUGAGACAGACCCGACGGAAGUGAUAAGACAGUAUGCGGAGGUUGUGGGCACGCCUGCGGAGGUCCCAUACUGGGCGUUUGGGCUGCACCAGUGUCGCUUUGGGUACAACAAUUUCGUUGAGGUUGCCGAUGUGAUUACGAACUACUCCCUGGCUGAUAUCCCGCUCGAGACGAUGUGGACCGACAUCGAUUACAUGUGGAACCGCCGCAUCUUCACGCUCGAUCCGGACUACUUCCCCCUCACGCGGAUGCGACAGAUCAUUGAGUAUCUUCAUUCGCACGAUCAGCACUACGUUUUGAUGACUGACCCCGCGGUGGCGUAUGCUCCCGGGCAGGGAUACGGGACGUACGAUCGCGGCACAGUGGACGAUGUCUGGCUGAAGGCGGCGAGUGGUAGCUUCUUUCUUGGUCUCGUGUGGCCUGGUGUGACUGUCUUCCCUGACUGGUUCAAUCCGCUAGUGCAGGAAUUUUGGACCAACGAGUUCCAGAUGUUCUAUAACCCGGAGACUGGACUUGAUAUUGAUGGCUACGCUAGCACCACACUUACCCAUAACGUCCAGUUCUGCGACGUGCCUUGUAAUGACCCCUUCCAGCAAGCUGCAGACCAAGAUCUGCCUCCCCCGCGCACAACAAUCCCCCCGGACCCGAAUGCGCCGAUUUUCGUCAAUUCGAGCUCGGCGGAGAACAGUUUUACGCUUGCGCUGCACAAGAGGCAGCUCGACAGCAACGAGAACGUGCUGAACCCACCGUAUGCAAUUCAUAACGCUGCGGGCGCGCUGUCGAACCUGACGUCGUAUUCCAACGCAGUCCAUGCGAACGGACUGAUCGAGUACGAUACGCACAACCUCUUCGGCACGAUGAUGUCCACCACGACUCACAAUGCGAUGCUCGCGCGGCGUCCCGGGCUGCGCACUCUCGUCGUGACGCGCUCGACAUUCGCAGGUGCAGGGGCGCGCGUGCAGAAGUGGCUCGGGGACAACUUCAGCGACUGGGCGCACUAUCGCAACUCGAUCGCAGGUAUCCUGAACAUGGCGGGCGUGUUCCAUAUUCCAGUGGUGGGUGCAGACAUUUGUGGCUACGCGGAGGACACGACGGAGACGCUGUGCGCACGAUGGGCCAUGUUGGGCGCGUUCUAUCCGUUCAUGCGGAAUCACAACGACGAUACGUCGAUCAGCCAGGAAUUUUACCGCUGGCCGACCGUCGCACAGGCAGCUAGGAAUGCGUUGAAUAUGAGGUACCGUCUGCUGGAUUACAUUUACACUGCGCUGCAUCAAGCCAGCAUCGAUGGUACCCCGAUCCUCAACGCGCUCUGGUACAAAUACCCGCAGGAUACCAACACCUUCGCGAUCGACCUCCAGUUCCUGUUUGGGCCAUCUAUCCUUGUGUCACCCGUGACUGUGGAGAACGCGACGUCCGUUGACAUCUACCUCCCCGACGACAUCUUCUAUGACUUCGCGACGUUCGCACCCGUGCGCGGUGCCGGUGCGUACGUUGAGCUCGCCGACGUGAACCUUACGUCCAUCCCCGUGUACAUCCGCGGCGGCGCGGUCCUCCCAUUGCGCGCAAAUGGCACGAUGACGACGACGGCGCUGCGGCAGCAGAACUUUGAGUUCGUCGUUGCGCCUGGCCUGGACGACACCGCGACGGGAGCGUUGUAUGUCGACGACGGCGUGUCGCUAGUGCAGCCGGCGACGACGGAGGUACAGAUGGCGUAUGUGAAUGGCACGCUGACCGUUUCGGGCACGUUUGGAUACCCGACUGGGGUGAACGUGUCAAGCGUGGUGCUUCUGAACGCUGUGCAGGCACCGCAGAUAGUCAAAGUCAAUGGGCAGGCUGUAGGCUCCGCCUCGUACGAUGAGAGUUCGAGUGUUGUGACUGUCCCGUUGGGCUUCCCCUUCACCCAAGGGUUUACCGUGGAGUUUUCGUAA